CAAAACGCAGCUCAUGGCUAAACCGCUUCGUCAGACAUCUAAUAACAUAUGGGACAGACAAAAAGAGAGAGACAAAAGAAAAAGAAAAUCCUUUGUCCACCAUUUCAGUCCAUCCAUUUCUUCUUCAGGAUAGAAGUAUAACAAGCUCUCAGAGAGACAACGCCUCAGUCAGUGCCGGUGUUGAUUUAGCCACCGCAUUUGAACCCAAAGGCCGAUCCUGAUUGAGGAAAUCCGCCCCGGAGCGAAUGGUCCACUCGCACGCAGGGUCCACGAGCGGUGGCCGAUGAGAGCGAAAAGUCUCCCACACGGGCCAGAGAGCAGCCGAGCUUUUUCAAGUUUUCUGGGGAAACCAUCCAUUUUCAGCAACUCUAUCUGACGCAUGGGGAGCCUACACUUUUACUCAAAUCCUCUGGAUUAUAUUUUCAAGUGUCUCUUCAAAUUGAAGUUCUAUUUAUUGACUAAAAUCAUCUAAUAACCCCACGAUCAGAAAAACAAAAAGAAAAAAAAGAAAAAAAAUACAAAAUGCUGAAGCCUGAAGCUGUUGCUGUAGCCGUCUGGCUGGCGUCUGGAGUCAUGGGAGUUUUGCUGGCUGACACGCAGCAGUGUAGCAUUAUACCAGAGUCCGUCCAAAUUUACAACGAUUCCAUCCAGUUCACGCUGAACAGCUCGGAUGUGGACUGCAGCUUCGGAGUGAAUGUCACGGGCAGACCUGGGAACUCCACACACUGUGAUCAAGAUCAAGAAAACCAGGAAACCUUUACAUGUCAACUUGUGGAGUUGGAACCUGGAACACGGUACCACCUGAUUAUCACCUCCCAGACGGACAGGAUUCAGCACAACGUUUCCCUAGCAACAAGACCUUCUGCAGUGCAGGGUGUUCAGGUGUUGAGACAGAUGGACAGCCUGAGCAUGUCCUGGAAGCCAGGCCCUGGGAGAGCAGAGCUGUUCCAGGUUCUGCUCAGGGACAGUGCGGGUCUGGAAUUACCCUGGAACGUCACAAUGUUGGACAACGUUACGAAGUCGUACAAGAUGAGUGGCUUAACUCCUGGGCGUGUGUAUAAUGUGAGCAUCAUCACCGAGGCAGCAGGGAUGCGGAACGCUGUCCAUAUUCAGGAACGAACAGCACCGAGCCUGGUCCUCAACGCACACAUGGAGAACAAAGGGAGUCAGACCGGCCUCCAGGUCUCCUGGGAUCCAGCUACUGGUGAUGUAGACAGUUACCUCAUCCAGCUCCUGUCUUCUGAUUCACUCGAGAGGGAAGAAACUUUAUCUCCGAACACCACACAAGCGCGGUUUGACCAUCUGACACCUGGCAGCACCUACCAGGCCUUCAUCUACACUAAGAGUGGUGACCUCAGUAGUCAUGUCAGUGUCACAGCUACAACUGCUCCCGGCGCAGUCUCUCAGCUGAAGAUGGAAAAACCAACUAGCUACGGUGAGGUAAAAAUUAGCUGGCUGCCCCCUGUAGGACAAUGGGAACACUACAGCAUCAAGCUCAUAAAUGGCAGCAAAACGCUGUUUAACACAACCAUACACAAAGCAGCCAUGGAGUUCAGGUUUCCCGAGUUACAUCUUCAUCCCGGGAAGGUUUACAAAGUGGCCGUAAGCACCGAGAGCCGGGGGCAGACCAGCACCACCUACUGCCGGGCAGAAAUCGGCCCACCAUCGGUGUCGCAGCUCCACAUCCGCCAUGCAGAUGAGACGACCCUAAGUGCCAUGUGGAACCAUGGUUUCGGCUCGGAGUCACGUGACGCCUACGUCGUGGCACUUUACAACGCCACUGGUUCCACCGCCAUCAAGACUGAAAGGCUGACACGAGAUAUGCAAGAAUAUACGUUUAAUGUGCUAGUGCCUGGCCGUCUGUAUAGAAUUGUUGUAGCAACCACCAGCGGAGACCUCCAGAAUUCAUCCUCGGUGACGGGACGGACAUUGCCACAUGAAGUGACGUCGCUGAGGCUAAACAAUCUGAGAAGCACAGACUCUCUGAGGGCCACCUGGGACAGGCCUCAGGGAGAUCUGGACUCCUAUGAAGUGCUGCUGCAACACGACAACCAGGUCACGUUUAAUCGCUCCGUCCCUGCUGACACCACCUCUAUCCACCUCUCGCAUCUCAAACCCGGAGCACUGUAUAAGCUGAUGAUCAAAACAGUCAGCGGUGAACUGCGAGCCAAGCCAGUCAUGGCCAACUGCCAUACAGUCCCAGCCGGCGUAGGUGAAGUAACAGUGACCAACAAUGGGCGCCCAGAUUUCCUCAACGUCUCGUGGAAAGCGUCAGAGGGAGCCGUGGACGGUUAUCAGAUCGACCUGAAAGACCGAGAGCGAGUCGUUUACACAGCGACCAAACUGAGCUCGCAAUUCAGCAGCCUGGUGCCGGGACGACUGUAUAAAUUGUUCAUUAGCGCCUGCAGUGGCGGGUACAAGAACACGACCGUGUUCCAGGGUAGAACACAGCCGUCCGCGGUGCAGAACCCCAGCGCCAUCCAUUUAGCUCAAGAAAAUGUCCUGAAGGUCUACUGGACCCAUGCAGUCGGAGAUUAUGACCAUUAUACCGUAGCGAUCCUGCACAACAACACACUGCUUCAGAAGCAGACAGUAGAGAGAAGCAAGAACGAGUGCAUGUUCAGUGGCCUGGUGUCUGGUCGCCUUUACACACUCACCAUCAGCACCUGGAGUGGAGAAUACGAGUCCACCGUCUCCACCGAAGGACGUACAUUUCCUGCUGCUGUACGCUUUCCAGUUCUGGCCCAGAAAGGAACCACUCACCUGUGUGUGAGCUGGAAGUCUGCACCGGGAGAUGUGGAUCACUAUGAGCUCCAAAUCUUCAACAACGACACAAAGCUUUUCUCAGCCGUGCGCCUCAACACUGCGAGAGAGCACUGCUUCUCUCCACUCAGCCCGGGCUUUCGCUACAAAAUUGUGGUCUCCACCAUCAGCGGCUCAUACCUAAACCCCCAGGCGAUUGAGGGACGCACUGUACCCAGUCAGGUCCAGAAUCUCCAGCUCGUCCCUGGGACCCUCAGUGGCAGCCUCAGGGCUUCCUGGAGCACCGGUGCAGGAGACAUGGACUUCUAUACGGUCGUCCUGCUCCAGAAUGGGCAUGUCGAGAGCAACCGGCGCGUCCUGAAGCAGGAAAACAGGACAGACUUUGAAGAUCUCGUCCCCGGGGAGUUGUACACGGUUCGAGUGCAGACAGUGAGCGGGGUUCUGACUAACGUCAGCAGCGUCAGCGCACGCACAGUUCCUUCUCCAGUAAAGGGUCUGCAGGCCGACAGUGAAGACGCCACACGCAGCCUGUCGGUCAGCUGGGAGGCGCCGAAGGGUGUGUAUGAUGGCUACAGUCUUCAGCUGUUGGACGAAGGCGACGUCAUGAUCUCCAAUGCUUCGGUACCUGCAGGCGUCAAGCAUCACCUGUUUGAGGGUUUGGUCCCAGGAACGAUCUACACCGUCCAUCUGAAGACUUUGAGCAACACAUCUCACAGCAAGGACGUCAUAGCGAAAGGGCAAACCCGACCAGCUGCUGUACAAGGUCUCCAUCUGCUCUCCAACAGCACUGCUGAGCUCACGUUCGGCUGGAACGUGUCUAAAGGCUGGGUCGACCAUUACGACCUCCGCUUGUACAGCUCCGACAAUGUCCUCCAAGACCACAAGAAAGGGGGGGCACAAGACAGGAGCUGCAUUUUCCCCCAUUUGCUGCCUGGGAUGCUUUACAAGCUGGUGGUGAUCAGCAAGAGCAGGGGAAUGAGCAGCGAGUCUUCUCUGUGGGCGAGAACUGUUCCUGCCCCAGUUCGAGACCUGCAGAUGGAUCAUGAGGGACACAUGGACAGAGUGUCUCUGAGUUGGAGACGAGCUCCUGGGAGUCUAAGUGGAUACGUUAUUUCUCUGGAGGGUUCGGAUCAGCCAGAGCAGAAACUGGGACCCGAAGACACACACACGACCUUCACAAACCUCCAGCCUGGUCACUUAUAUACUGCAGUGUUGCACAGCUGGAGCGGAGACCUCACUAACACCGUCUCUGUAGCAGGACGUACAGUUCCUGAGCCGCCAACGUCUCUGAGCAUUAAAGACGUCGGCCCUGGUGGGACAGUGGAGGUGAUGUGGCGCGCUCCUGACAGCGUAUAUGACGACUUUGAGGUAAAAUGGCUGCCGAGAGACGAGCUGGAGAUGUCCAAACCGAACCUGGAGAGACGCAUCAUGUCUGGUCUUUACCCUGGACGUCUGUAUAACAUCAGCUUGUCCACCGUGAGUGGAGGGACACCAGGACCUGUGACCUACAGCUCAGUUGUUUACCACACCAUCCGUACAGCUCCAGGACCAGUCCAAAGUCUCCACUGCCAUCCAUUGAGCUCCAAGUCCCUCUCGUGCUCCUGGAAGCCACCAGCCUCUGAUUAUAGCGCUUACUUCAUGGAAUGCAGGAGGCAAGGCUCCCGAGAACCUGUAUACAACUACACACUGAGUGCCAGCACCCAGUUUCAGCACUUUGACAAUUUGGAGCCUUUUAGGAACUACACAAUCUCGAUCGCGGUCAUCUCCGGAGACAAGAAAGGUGCAACCGUCCAGAACAGCACCUUCACCAUGAUCGACCGGCCUCCUGUGCCUCAGCCCACAGUGCGCAUUAGUGAGAAAGCAGCCCACAUCACCCAGUCCACCAUCUUCUUCAAGUUCAACUGCAGCUGGUUCAGCGACACCAAUGGGGCUAUUCGCUACUUCGCCAUCGUUAUAGCCGAGACUGAUGGUAUGGAGCCUGUCUUGCCUGAACACAGGCAUCCUCUUCCCUCGUACCUGGACUAUAAGCGCAACAGCUCUGUAUUAGCCUACCAGACCAGCUACUUUCAGAGCCUGUGCGGAGAUGACCUUGAUUCCACCAACACGUUGUUCGAGAUCAACCUUGGGGCCGGCAUGGAUCGUCUUGGUGGAGCCUGCGAGGAGGAGCCCAGUCGGCAGGGGAACUAUUUCUGUGAUGGACCAUUAAAAUCCAGAACGGCCUAUAGGCUUAGUGUCCGUGCCUUCACCCAGCUGUUUGAUGACGAGAACAGGGAGAUGUCUCAUCCUCUGUUCAGUGACACCUAUCUGUCCCUUCCACUGUGGACACAAGCAGAGCCACUGGUGGGCGUGGUCGAGGGCAUCAGCGCCGCAUUGUUCCUCAUCGGGAUGAUGAUCGCUGUGACUGCCUUGCUGAUCUUCAGGCAGAGGGUCCGCAAAGUAGCGGUGCAAGAAAGCCCUCUGGUCAGGAUGAGUAUGUGGAAGGAGCUGCCCACCUCAGGGAUGUAUGUUGGGGUCAGAAGCAACCGGCGUUUAUCCAGCCCUAUCAAAGCGGCCCACUUCGAAGCUCAUCUGGGGAAACUUCAAGCCGACUCCAAUUACCUUCUCUCUGAGGAGUUCGAGGAUCUCAAGGACGUGGGACGGAACCAGACUCUGGAUGCGGCACGUCUCCCAGAGAACCGCUGCAAGAACCGAUACAACAACAUCCUGCCCUAUGAUGCCACACGUGUCAAGCUCUCGUGCCUAGAGGACGACCCGAGCUCAGACUACAUCAACGCCAGCUUCAUGCCGGGGAAUAAUUUCCGGCGGGAGUACAUCGCCACACAGGGGCCACUGCCCGGCACCAAGGACGAUUUCUGGCGUAUGGUGUGGGAGCAGAACGUUCACAAUGUCGUCAUGGUGACGCAGUGUGUGGAGAAGGGCAGGGUGAAGUGUGAUCAGUACUGGCCCUUGGACAGGGAGCCACUGUACUACGGUGACCUCGUGGUCCACAUGCUCUCCGAGUCUGUCCUGUCCGAGUGGACGAUCCGCGAGUUCAAGAUCUUCUGUGAAGGCCAGCUGAGUUACCCGAGGAUCGUGCGUCACUUCCAUUACACGGUGUGGCCUGAUCACGGUGUGCCCGAGACGACCCAGUCGCUCGUCCAAUUCGUGAGAACGGUGAGGGAUUACAUCGACAGGGUGUCCGGAUCGGGGCCUACGGUGGUCCAUUGCAGCGCCGGCGUGGGUCGUACCGGGACGUUCAUCGUGCUCGAUCGCGCCUUACAGCAGCUGGACACCCACGGCACCGUGGACAUCUACGGCUGUGUGUUUGAUCUGCGCCUGCACCGCUCGCACAUGGUGCAAACCGAGAGUCAGUACGUGUACCUGCAUCAGUGCGUACGUGACGUUCUGAGAGCCAGGAAGCUUCGCUGCGAAACAGAGAACCCUCUUUACCCUAUUUACGAGAACAUCAACCCUAAUUUCUAUAGAGAUAUUGUGUAUACCGGAAAGUGAAGACCGCUGGACCUCUAGAGCGAACGCAGGAGACGGAACUGACAUUGACCGCUUGACAUAACGUCAUAACGUUUGAAUAACCAGGGCACUUCACGGUAAAGCAUGGCAGCGAGUGAAAAUAGCUUUAAUACGCCACAUGCUUUGCAUUUACAUGUUUAAAUUCUAUUGGAUUCUUUUUGAUUUUGUUCCUGAACUAAAUGCUUAUAAUCAGAUAAUGGAAAUUGGUGAAAAGCUUGAAAUUUGCUAAAAAACAAAAAAAAAAAAAAAAAAACCACCCUCCACUAUAAUUCUGCUAUUGCUGAUAUUUUUUACUUUCAGUCAUCAAAUGUCAUGUUUUGUUUGUGUUUGUUUUGCCCAGAAAUCUAUAUUUUUUUAUAAAACCUCCUGAUAACAUAUUUAAAACAUUGACAUUCAAUGCUUAUGGAUUUUUUAUUUUUUAUUUUAUUAAUUUGAUCCUUUUGUCCUUAUAAGCACAGAGUCUUCAUCAUGUUAUUCGUUUUUUUAUGCUGUUCUCAUAACAUGUUGUUUAUUGGAGAUCGGACUGAACUCGUUGAUCUGAUUGGUGGAAUAGGAUAGGUAAAAUAGCCGAGCAGAGAAAAAAAAUUAGGUAACAAUUGCAUUCUAAUGAGAUUAAAUUAGCAGUAUAAAUCAAUAAUGAUUGGUUCUGCUCCGCCUGAUUGUGAAGUCAUGCCUGAUUGGACGGAAAUUUGGAUGCUAAAAACUCACUCCCCAUUGCCAAGGAAUUAUCAUGGAAUAAUGUAGUACAGCGUUUUAGAAUUCCACUUAACAUAUUAAUGUUAAUGGAUGUUAAUGGUUUGGUUGCCAAACUGUUCAAUUCGUCUUCUGGAGGGUCGAUCCGAUUCAAACUAGCAUGAUUUGUAAACAUCCAAGUGGCAAAAUAUCUGUAAUCGUUGUAACCCAAACAAAAAGUGUAGCCUUCUAGAAGUGAUAUCGUUGGCUGCCAAUGACAUGUUGAUUAUAUACAGUUACCUCAGUGUUGAUCGGAUUGGUGAUUAGCAAUAAGGGAAUAUUGAAACUAAAAGGGAAUUUGGUGAAAAUUACAUUCUUAGGCGUGAUAAUUACAUAAAAUUAUGUAUCUAAUACAUACGUGCCGAAUCCACGGAUCUGAAGAGUUCCCUGCCAUCACCUUCGUCUUAGCUUUCUCCUCUGAAAGCCGCCCAUCUUGCUGUUUUGCUAACAAUGAGUUGAAUUAUUGCUAGAAAGAACACUGUAAAGGCUAUCAAUCGUUUCUUUCUUUCCGUUGCUCAAGCGUUUCUCACACCCACAUUAUUAUUUUAUUUUAAUAGAAAGUAAUGCAAAUCAUUGUACGCCUUCCUUCGCAUACACUUCCUGUAUAUACCCAUUAGAUAAGAGUACAAACAGGAUUUCGAAUUUUAUUCAGUACAUUUUAUCCGAUUAAAUAUAUCGGACUCGAUUCCGAUCUCCCCAAGAAAGCACUUAGAUGACUGGAUAUGGAUUCGAUUUGAUUUAUUGCUAAUUGCACUCUGUUUCCUUAGAAAGUCAUGCUAGGAAGUCAUGAAAUGUCAUGAAAUGCUGUGCUCAUAACCUCUGCGCUGUGGAAAAUAUUUUUUUAAUAUUAGUUAUUCGAUUUUUUUCAUAGUUUAAGAUUGGAAUAAAUCAUAUAAGGGUUUUAAGGAUAUUUCUAAAUGUCAUACUUGUUAUUAGCUCAUGGUUAGCAAAAAGAUUUACCUCAGAAUUAGCAAAAUAGCAUUAUGUUUUGUAACAAACAAGCACAAAAUGAGUUACAGAAACUGGAAACAUGUUUAAUUAUAUUUUUAGAAUGAUAUCAUUGGUAUGAAGUGUUACGCUCAAGCAAUUCGAGAUUUCUUUAGUGUAAGCUUGUGAGCAAAAUUGAUGGCACACGUUUUACGUCCCGAUAACAAAACAUUGUUUAGGAAAUUAUCACGAAAGAAUAUAGAUAAAAGGUAUUUUUUGGAUAGCUCAAGUUUUGUGAGUAAACCUGUGGUGUUUUGACAGAAACACGAUUAGUGCUGUUUCAUUUGAUGCCAUUGGCGUAUCAAUUUUCGUAUCAAACAUUUAAAAUACGAUUCAUAGAAAUUUGCUAUAUAAAUAUGGACGUUCUAGUAGUACAUUUGUUUCAUUCUUGCUCAUUUUCGGACCAAUGAUAUGUCAUUAAAAGCUUCCUAUUUAAAAAUUUGGGCUGUAUUUUCACCCAUUAAUGCACUUCCUGUUCAUUGGUGAAAAUUAAAUGACUUUAAGCUGCAUUGCGAAUGCUGUUGGGUUGCCACUACCUCGGAGCAAAGAGGUGUUUUUUUCUGUCCAAUUUCGAGCAUGCCAUUAUAAAAAGCAAAUCAGGUUCAUAAAAAAACAAACAAACAGAAAUUAAACUUUUUUUCUUUUAAUAACAAUAAUGCUUUAUCUCUUUUCUUUGCAAUUUCCUAACACACUAUGUUUUAUUCAUAAAUAUUUACUUAUAUUUAUAUCUGCUUUUUAUUUACUGUUUAUAUUGUGGACAAUGAAUUCAGUCUGGAUUAUAAUGUGAAAGUGUUUUACUGCAGUCCCAGGGAUAUAACGUCACGCAUGCUGUGUUUGGAAAACGUGAUCAGUAUUCGGGGCGGGUCUCAAUCAGCGCUGUCGUUUUUUUUUUUAAGGUAAUCCUUCUGGUGGAUUAGACAAAAGAAAAUCUCACAAUGCAUUCGCAAAAACUAGGAAGUAUUUGUUUUUUAAAUGAGACAAACCAACAGAAAGAGCCAUUAUAAAUCCUAAUAUUUAACAUAAUAAAUAUUAAUAAUAAGGGUUACUUUUAAUAUUAUACAUUUGUGGAUAAAAUAUUUUCGAAUCAAGUUUCAAAAGUUCCGUAUCACAUCCCGAUAGUUUAUAUAUGAGUUGCAAAAGUUUUUCUGAUUGCGAAUCACAAAUGUUUUGUGAAUCACAAAAACAAAUCGAUUUUUAGAGAUACAAUUUGUCUCUAAGACGAGAAAAUGUCAUUGUAACGAUGACAAAAUCUUUCCGGACCUUAGAACGUAAGUAUCUGGACGGUAGAUACUUACUAGAAAACCUUCUAAAUUAGGAUUUUUUUUAAUGAUUUUUUUUCCAAUUUGUAAUGAUACUAUAUUGUAACAGAUCCACAAUCAAUAAAAAUUCCUAUACAUUUAAAAACAUAUGUACUGUAGAUGGCAGCCUAUUUCCGUGAUAUAAAAUUUGUUUUUUGCCUAAUUGCAAUUUUAUUUCUCGCAAUUCUGACUUUUUUUUUUGCUAAUUCUAACUUUAUUUCUCACAAUUCUGACUUUGUCAAUUCCGACUUAUUUUGGUCAAUCCCGAAUUUCUCGCAAUUCCGACUUUAUUUCUCGCAAUUCUGACUUUAAUUCCUGCAAUCCCUACUUUUUUCCCCUCGUAAUCCCAAUUUUAUUCUCUUGAUUUCUUGCAAUUCCGACUUUAUUUCUCGCAAUUCUGUAUUUUGUCUCGCAAUCUCAACUUUUUUUUUGUCUCGCUCUACCGACUUUUUAUUUCCUGCCAUUCCGACUUUAUAUUUUAUAUUUGAGUGUAAUGAUGGUUUCGUAGUUGAAAAUAAAAAUCCACAAGCUAGCCUACGAUCCUGCACGUAGUAUCGGUAUAAAGUAUCAGAACAGGAAGUGAAUUAAGCUCAAUUUAUAUGCAAAUAAACCUUAUAUUUCAUGUUUAGUGUUUUCUUUCAGCGACAAGAAAUAAAGUCCUCAGAGUUCUAACUAGUGCCCAUACUUGUCUGCACAAUACACUAAUUCACUAUCUAGGGAUUAUAGGGAGCAGAUUGAGAUGCGUCCUUUACUGUCACAGAGGUUUUGCUGUAUUUUUUUUAUUUUUUGGUUUGUUUGUUAGAUAUAUAAAUGUGUUUUGAUGUAGCCUCUUCCACAAACCAUGUAUAAGCUAUUUAUGCUGAACUCUGCUGUAAGCAAUAAUACUUAAAUUAUAUAUUAUAUAUUAUAUUAUAUUAUAUUAUAUUAUAUUAUAUUAUAUUAUUCCAUAUUUUAUAAUAUUGUUUUUAGUAUUUUAUUAUUGCAUUGAGAUACUCUUUUUAUGUACUGUACACACAAUAUAGUCAUUUGUAUUUGGUAUUUUUUACAUAUGUAACAUGGUGUCCUUUAAAUUCGUAGCUGAUGAUAAUAAUGGUGAUAAUAAUGGUAAUAAAAAUACAGAUUGUGUGUGCAUA